AUGUUAUUAAAGCCCCUCACAUUUGCGGCGGGCCUUUCCGCCCUCCCAGCCGCCCGCGCUUUCCUUAUCCCCCCGGAAGUCAGCAAUGCCGACAUUCAGAUUGCCAACACUAUCCCGGAUGUCGGCUCGCAGGUUGCCGAGACCCAGGUCGUUGAUGUCGAAUGCCCCGGAUGCCCUAUCCUCCUCACCAGCCGUCUUGGCAUGAGCAGGCAGAUCAAGAUCGACCGGCCGAGCCAUCUAGAGUUGGCCUUCUCUAUCGACCAUCAGCCCGGCCAAGAUCGCCUUCUCCUCAACGGCUUCGAGUUGUACCCCGUCACCGAUGUGCUUCACACAGCGCUGACCGCGCCACAAGUGGUUGAGCGUGGGCAGGAAGGUGGGGAGGAACCGAAGUUGGAGGGCGUCAAGAAGCACCGGAGGAUCACGCCUCAACCUCAAAAACUAGGGUUUGCCAUCCGUACAUCACCGCCCCAGAAGGACGCCGAAGGGCAAUUCGAGUUGGUAGAAGUAGACAUGCAGAUUAUCCAAGUCGGCCCCGCUUUCAUCGACGACAUCCCCAGCAUCAAGGUCAAAUUGAUCAAGGACCACGAGGGACGGCUGCUCAUGUCGCAGAUCGACAAGACCGAAGCCAACGAGUUUGCCAAGGCCAUCGGGAGCAGCAGGAAGGAGUUUGCUUCCGCUAUCUCUAGGUGGCUCGCUCUCGCCCGUGAGAAGGUCAAGGGUUUCAAGGGCCUCAAGGGUUUUGGCCACUGCCACAAGACUGCCGCCAAGCCUGCUCACUUGGUCGAGGCCCCUCACGCCCAUGCUACUCACGAUGCCAACUGGCGUGCCAACUAUGAGCAACACCGCUGGAGCAAGUUGUUCAAACACAUGGCCUCCCACAUCCUGCUUCCUGUUCUCAUCGGUAUCGUGGCCGGUGUCAGUGCUAGCUUGAUUGGCAUGGUUGUCGGAACCGUCGUCGUUUCCGUCUGGCGCUUUUUCUUCCGCCGCAACAGCAGCACCCACGGUCGCCGCCGCCGCCACUCUUUGCGCAAGGCCGCUCGCCAGGAGGCCGCCUAUUCUGAUGAGAAGGCUGGCUUGAUGAACUACCAGGACGAGCCCCCCGCUUACCAGCAGUCGGAGGAGGAGACGUUGAUCGAGACGGCGAAGAUCUAA